ACCGGAAGUGGUACAGUGAAGUUUGGAGUAUUUCUACCAGGUUCGGUGCUCAGAGCAGCAGAAUUUCUUUCAACACUUGUUUGUGCCUCAAGGAUUUUACUGCUAUAACCGAACAGUUAAUGUUCAUUGGUUCAUUUGUCCAUCUUGACAUUCGCUCCGUCUAAACGAUGGCCCAUUACGAAGAAGUAAAUGUGCAUGGCUAUGAUGAAUUCUGUAAGGCUGUGUCUGACAGGAAAGGAAAGGAUAUUUUCGCUUAUUUCUCUGGUGAUAAAGACGCCCAAGGAAAGAGCUGGUGUCCAGACUGCGUGACAGCCGAGCCAGUUGUGAGAGGAGAGAUGACUCAUCUUCCUGAGGGCUCUGUCUUCAUCUACUGUCAAGUUGGACAAAGAGCCUAUUGGAAGGAUCCAAAUAACGACUUCAAGAAGACACUGAAGCUGACUGGAGUUCCCACUCUGCUGCGAUACGGCACGCCUCAGAAGUUGGUGGAGGACGAAUGCAUGAAAGCGAACCUGGUGAAGAUGAUGUUCACUGAGGACUGAGCGACUCUUCGCUGCUCACGUCAGUCAGCAACAUUCAGCAUUUCUUCACUGUUAAACAGUGAAAUGUCACAUCAUUCUGUUUCAGCUCCUACUGUACUUUCAAAUCAGCAACUGUGCAAGUUUACAACCAAAACAUCCAGCAUCCUCUGUUAUAUUCAGCUAUUCACUGAAACCAUUACUGGAUAUCUGCAGUAAACAAAAAGGCUGAGUGGAUGUAACGUCUUCAUUUCUACUUAAUGUGCAAUCUCCUAAUCCUGUUUAACUGAGUUUGACACAUUUCUUCAAUUGUAAUGUCAUUCUCAAACACUAGUUUAUUAUAUGAAAAAAAAUAUCUUGGGAUGAUUUGUUUAUUGUGAUCAUUGUGUGUGAUUUGUGUUGCCUUACAGUAGGACUCAAAUAAAGUGGCACUUGAUGAAAAGCGUC